AUGAUGUCUUCGCAAAUCCCCCGUCCCACUUCCACCACCACGAACUCGUCAACCUCGACUACUUCGACAUCGACCACUUCCACGUCGACCCCGCAGUUCUCGGGUAGCAUGGACGCUUACACCCUCUUCAUGUACGAGCACACCCAGCGCCUGAUGGCCGCGGCGCAGAUACCGUACACCACCCCCCUCAACAUCACGUCCCCUGGCGAGCGGACGUCCUCCGGAACCGGCUCCGUGGUGGUGAGGAAUGGUGUCCCGCAGCUCCAGUCCGGCAGCCUUCCCUCCUUUAGCUCGAGCUGA